GCGCAUCAAUCUGUCAAAUUCUGUCACGCGUCUUUUGUAUUUUUACUAUAGCUAUUUUCAUAUUUAAUUUCUCAUUGUAUCUCGUAAAUUUCACUCAUGAUUGUUUAUUAUUACUUGUGGGUCUGUAUUUAAAGUACUGUAAAAAAUGAUGAGUGACGACGACCGCGAUAUUGACAUCGAAAGUGAUGCAGAAAACGAUUCUGACUCUCGGACGCACGCCAGGAAUAACCUUAGUGGCAGUGGCUAUUAUUCUCAGGCAGAGAAAAGAGCACACCAUAAUGCUUUAGAAAGGAAAAGGAGAGACCACAUAAAGGAUAGUUUUACAUCAUUAAGGGAAUCUGUGCCAGCUCUUCAAAAUGAGAAAGUGGCAAGUCGAGCGCAAAUUCUUAAAAAGGCUGCAGAGUACAUACAGUUUAUGAGGCGGAAAAAUAACUCCCAUCAACAAGACAUUGAGGAUUUAAAGAGACAGAAUACUAUUCUCGAAACACAAAUUCGUGCUCUUGAAAAAGCCAGAGCAACAGGCAACUAUGUAGACCCUCAUGAGUUGGGUCUCGGCAUCAAGUCAGAAGGCAGUUCCCAUGACACAGACAGCUCUGAUGGUGAGGGUACAACACGUAGAGUGAAAAAACUUAAAAUAAAUGGAGUUAAUGUGUAGUAUGUAAGCUUUGUGGAAUUUGAGUUUGAGAUGAUUCCGACUUGGCAUAAUUGUAAAUGACACAAGUUAAUAUUAUGAUUUUGGAGUACACUUCAGUAUUUGCAAUAUGUCUAUUUAGUAAAUACUUAUACAACGCUAUAGCUCUAGUCUCUGUUUUAUUAGACACUUCUCUUAUGCAGUAGACAUAUUUUUAAAUGUAUAAUUGCAUAUGCCAAGUAUGAAUCGUUACUGUAAACAGUUCUCUAUUUUAAGUGGACAAAAUAAAACCUAGGUACCUACACUAUUUUGUAAGAUUUUUAAAUGAUAUAUUUUUACUAAUGCAAUUAUGCAGGUAGCAAAAACUAAUGUAUCAACAUUUUGUUUUCUGAAAUGGCAACUCUUUUAUUAUGUAUAUAUAUGCCAAUUUAAGAAUCUAAUUAUAAGCUAGUUGAAAUUUGUAAUUGUAAAAAAAUACGAUUAUUAAAUUUAUUUGAGAAUAAAUUCUUCAGAUAUUCAAUAAGACAAAUAAUUGCAUUAGAAGAAUAUUAAUGAAUAUUAGGUAAAUACGUUAGUCAUUAAGUAUGCAUUAGUCUUCUUGAACAUGUAGUAUUGUAAUGGUUGAUACUAAAUAAUAACUAUUUCAUAUACAGAAACAAAAUUAUUUAAUUAAUUGUUUGUCUUGUUGUCCUGUUGGUGUGGAGUGUAUACAUAUUUUAUUUAUUGAAUGAGCUAAUAUUGUGCAAUCUAAAUGAUUAUUUUACUGUACUACUAGUGAAAUAAUGUGAACUGCUCAUGUACUUUUAGAUGUAAAUAUUCGAUGUGUGUACAUAAUAUAAA